AUGAAUACUCAAGAAUCUAAUGGCUCGCAAAGCUUACAUUCGGAUGAGUCCAAUGAAAAAGUUACCACCCUUCUAACCAACCAAUCUCUGCCUCCGCUAAAACCUCCACUCAUACCUGCAGACGUAUAUGCAGAUACCCUUGCUCGCGCACCUGCAGAUGACGAUGAGGAAGACAUGAAUGCUCUCAUCGACGAACUCGAAUUAGAAGAUGGAAUUGCUGAAGAAGACGAGGAAGAGGUCGACGACACGUCCGGUGGUGGACGCGUUGUGCCUGAAGAUCAAUUACAAACAGACAGUCGCGCCGGCUUAACAGAGUCUCAAGUUCUUGUUCGACGCAAAAAGUAUGGACUCAAUCAGAUGAAAGAGGAAAAAGAGAAUCUUAUAAUAAAAUUUUUUGGCUACUUUAUUGGCCCGAUCCAAUUCGUUAUGGAGGCAGCUGCUGUCCUCGCCGCUGGACUACAGGACUGGGUAGAUUUCGGUGUCAUUUGUGCCUUGCUUCUUCUUAACGCUGCUGUUGGCUUUAUACAAGAGUUCCAGGCUGGCUCCAUCGUCGAAGAAUUAAAAAAGACGCUUGCACUCAAAGCCCUUGUACUAAGAGAUGGUCAAUUAUAUGAAGUCGAGGCAUCUGAAGUUGUUCCCGGAGAUAUUCUCCAGGUUGAAGAGGGCACGAUUAUUCCAGCUGACGGCCGAAUUGUAACCGAUAAUGCUUUCUUACAAGUAGAUCAGUCCGCCAUAACGGGUGAAUCUUUAGCGGUUGAUAAACACAUUGGUGACUCCUGCUACGCAUCAUCCGGCGUUCGCCGUGGUGAGGCUUUUAUGAUUAUUACAGCGACUGGGGACAGCACAUUUGUUGGUCGUGCUGCAGCCCUUGUGAAUCAAGCUUCAAGUGGAACCGGCCAUUUUACCGAAGUCUUAAACGGAAUUGGGACAGUUCUAUUGAUCCUGGUUAUUUUCACCCUAUUAGUCGUCUGGAUCUCAUCAUUCUAUCGAUCCAAUGACAUCGUCGUUAUCCUCGAGUACACUCUAGCCAUAACAAUUAUUGGUGUACCAGUUGGGCUUCCGGCUGUUGUUACUACCACUAUGGCCGUUGGAGCAGCAUACCUAGCCAAAAAGAAAGCCAUUGUACAAAAGCUCUCGGCCAUUGAGUCAUUAGCUGGUGUCGAAAUUCUCUGCUCAGACAAGACUGGCACACUCACUAAGAACAAGCUCUCACUUGCCGAUCCUUACACAGUGCCUGGAGUCGAGCCUGAUGAUCUCAUGUUAACCGCAUGCUUAGCCGCAUCUCGCAAGAAAAAGGGCAUCGACGCUAUUGAUAAAGCUUUCUUAAAAGCUCUUCGGUUCUAUCCACGCGCUAGAUCAGUAUUAACUAAGUUCAAAGUCUUAGAGUUUCAUCCGUUCGAUCCUGUCUCCAAGAAGGUUCAAGCCUUAGUGGAGUCCCCAGAGGGUGAGCGCAUUGUUUGUGUUAAGGGAGCUCCCCUAUUCGUCUUGCAAAAAGUUGAAGAAGACUGCCCUGUUCCAGAAGAAAUUGAUACAGCUUACAAGAAUAAAGUGGCUGAAUUUGCAAUGCGUGGCUUCCGCUCGCUUGGUGUCGCACGCAAGCGAGGUGAUGGUCCUUGGGAAAUACUUGGUAUUAUGCCCUGUUCCGAUCCUCCUCGUCAUGACACUGCUCGUACGAUAAACGAAGCCAAGACAUUAGGUCUUUCCAUCAAAAUGUUAACAGGUGAUGCUGUCGGUAUAGCUCGCGAAACAUCUCGCCAACUUGGACUUGGCACCAAUAUUUACAAUGCUGAGCGCCUCGGUUUGGGGGGUGGUGGCGAUAUGCCUGGCUCAGAAGUUAACGAUUUUGUCGAAGCUGCCGAUGGUUUCGCCGAAGUUUUCCCCCAACACAAAUACAAUGUCGUUGAGAUUCUUCAACAGCGUGGAUACCUUGUUGCGAUGACUGGUGAUGGAGUCAAUGACGCCCCUUCCCUUAAACGAGCUGAUACUGGAAUUGCCGUUGAAGGAGCCUCUGACGCUGCUCGCUCAGCUGCUGAUAUUGUUUUCUUGGCUCCAGGCCUUGGCGCUAUUAUUGAUGCCCUUAAGACAUCCCGCCAAAUUUUCCAUCGUAUGUAUGCCUACGUGGUAUAUCGUAUCGCACUUUCGCUUCAUUUGGAGAUAUUCCUAGGUCUAUGGAUAGCGAUAUUAAAUCGCUCUCUAAACAUAGAACUAGUUGUUUUUAUUGCCAUAUUUGCAGAUGUUGCAACGCUGGCUAUUGCCUACGACAAUGCACCAUUCUCAAAAACUCCUGUCAAAUGGAAUCUCCCAAAACUUUGGGGAAUGUCAGUGCUUCUGGGUAUCGUACUCGCUAUCGGGACCUGGAUUACAUUGACCACCAUGAUUGUUCGCGGUCCCAAUGGGGGAAUUGUCCAAAACUUCGGUGUCAUUGACCCUGUAGUAUUUUUGGAAAUAUCUCUCACAGAAAAUUGGUUGAUCUUCAUUACACGUGCCAACGGGCCAUUCUGGUCAUCCCUCCCAUCAUGGCAACUUGCCGGGGCUAUCUUGACAGUUGAUAUUGUGGCGACUCUUUUCACACUGUUUGGCUGGUUUGUCGGUGGUCAGACUUCGAUUGUAGCUGUUGUUCGUAUCUGGAUUUUCUCUUUUGGCGUCUUUUGUAUCAUGGGGGGAGUCUAUUAUCUUCUCCAAGAUAGCGCAGGCUUUGACAAUCUCAUGCACGGUAAAUCAAUCAAGAAGAAUCCAAAGCAACGUUCUCUCGAAGACUUCGUUGUUUCUCUUCAACGCGUAUCGACGCAACAUGAAAAGUCUGGAUAA